CACCAUUCAACGAGGUAACAUAACCCUCUCAUCUACUCAGCUCCACCACCAUUUCUACAUACCGCCUUGCUAUAGUAUUCCGAAGUCCUCUGCAUAUUGCUACUGAUGUCGGACCAACCUGCCUCACCUCGAAGGGCCCGGGGCGAUUCCCCACCGCCUCGCAAGCGAAGUAGAAGUGGCGACCGAAGCCAAUCACCGCGUCGCGACCGUAAUAGACGGGGUGGACGGGAUGGUCGUGACAGGGCAGGCGACAGAAACCCCGACAGCUACCGAUCCCGGGAAGAGCCCUGGAGAGACCGCAGAAAUCGGAAUAGAGAUGACCGGCAGGAUCGAACAGGCAGGGAAUCGGAUAGACAAGAUACGGAUCGCGAGGAGAGAGACUCAGACAGGAGGCAUGCAGGCGGAAGCGAGGGCGCAGAUCAAGACCGACCACGGCCAAAGAAGGGCCUAGGAGGGUUCAAAUACAAAGAAAGACGCCGGGACGAUGCGGAGGAUGGUAGAGACGGUGAUCGCCGCGGUGGUUCGUUUAGAGGCUACAGAAACCGUUCCCCGUCUCCGCGCCGCCGAGACCGCGACCGAGAUGCUGGGGCCUCCUCGUCCACCAAGAAACCCAAGUCCAAAUCCAAGUCCAGCGGCGCAGAUACCUCUCAGCCACCCGAAAGACCACCGGCCGCGCCCUCGAGCGGUGGCGAAGAGAUGAUUAUCGUCCACGUGAACGAUCGGUUGGGCACCAAGGCGGCCAUUCCGUGUUUUGCGUCAGACCCCAUUAAGGACUUCAAGAUCAUGGUGGCGGCGCGGAUCGGGCGGGAGCCGCACGAAAUCCUGCUCAAGAGACAGGGGCAACGGCCAUUCAAAGACAUGCUCACCCUCGCCGACUACGAAAUUAGCAACGGAGUCCAGCUCGAUCUCGAGGUAGAUACCGGCGAUUAAGCCGGGCCCAGCGCGAAGGGAGGCGUCGAGAAACCUCGGGGACAGUGCUAGUAAUUCCGUCGCCUUGCUUUCAUACAUUAGGGGGUUGGUGCGCGUCGAGCUAUUGGAAGCUCAGUUGGUCAGCGAUCGACCUCUCGAACAUCGCCCAACGCCAUAUUAUUUCGUAUAUACCCGAUAGGUUCUAAAUACAUUCGCGCCUCGGUCCCCGCAAAAAUUGAA